UCUUUUUUGCUUUCCACUUUGCAGUUGACAACAGCUGAGCAGCGACACAUAUACACAGAGGCGAGAGCAGAGGCCGCAGCGGCAGCGCAGUCAUCAGCACACAGGCAUACAGACAGACAGCCUGUCACCGUCUCCGUCAGCCAUAAUCAUUUACAUCGUCAUCAUCAUCGUCAACACUAUCCUCCAGCUAAGCGAGCGAGCGAGCGAGCGACAACGACGCUCUCUCUCCACACUCACGCACUCGCUUUGAUUGAACCAAACAGCUGAGACGGGCGACAGCCGUCGCACACACACACAACACAGACACUACACAGACAAUGUCCGCGGAUUCGCCGCGCCGCCAUCAUAGCCAUCAUCUACAUCAUCAUCAUGCAGCUGGCGGCGGCGGAGGUGGAGGCGGUGGCGGUGGCGGCGGCGGCGGCAACAUUGGACUGCGAGGAGGCAUGUCCAUGCCGGCCGUGGUGCCGCCACAAGCAGUCAGCGAUCGCUCGAUCCUGGACUCGGCCAUUGGAUUCAUAAACGAUGUCACCUUGGUCCAUCAGCCGGUGCAGGAUCCCAAGGACACAAUCACCUGGGCCCGCUUCGAGACGAGCGCCGAUGUGAGCGAUCCUCGUUUCGGCGACGACUGGGAGCUGGAGGGCAAUGCGGCACCACCGCUCCUACUCAUUCUCGGCUAUGGCCUGGGCGUCCAGGUGUGGGCCAUACCCGCCAACGGUGAGGCCGUCGAGGUGUUAUCCUGGCGCCACGGCGUCGUCACCGCCCUGCGCGUUCUGCCCACACCGCUGACAGCUGCCACCGGCCUGGACGACAACGGGCGGGCCGACGAGCCCGUGGAUGUAUUUGCCGACAAACGGCCCUUGGUGGCGUUCGUCGAUGGCGGCAGCGCUGCAGCCAACACUAUGCUAUCUGGUGGCCAAUUCUCGGGCGGAGCUGGUGGCAGUGGCUCCUCCGGUAUGUCCGGCGGCGGCAUGGGCAAUCCCUCGCACGCCGGCGCCGCCCACUUCAGUGCCGUCAACUUUGUCUCCCUGAAAACGGGCGUCCAGGUGAAGACCAUCAAAUUCAAGAAUACCGUGCUGGACAUUCAGGCCAAUCGCUCGGCGGUCGUCAUCAGCUUCCACGAGCGUCUGGCGGUGUUCGAUGCGCGCACUCUGGAGGAUCGCCUCACCAUAACCACCUGCUUUCCCAGUCCGGGUAUCAAUCCCAAUCCCAUUGCGCUGGGUCCACGCUGGCUGGCGUAUGCGGAGCACAAGCUGCUCCACUCCAAGCGCAGCGGCGGCGGCUGCGACGGCGAGGGCGUUCCCAGCUACACGGCGACGGUGCUGAAUGCGGCCAAGUCCUUUGGCAAGGGCCUGCGGGAGCUGGGCGAACAGGUGGCCGCCGGCCUGACCGGCACCAGUGCCGGCAGCGGCAACAGCUCCAAGAGCAGCAGCUUCGACUCGGCCAGCGGCGGCGCCGAUGGCAAGCAAUCGGGCGUGGUGACCAUUAUCGAUGUGAAGCAUCCCAUCAAGGACUAUAGCCCGACGACGGGCACGCCUCUCGGCUCGAUGAGCGAUCCAAUAAUCGCCCACUUUGUGGCGCAUAGCGAGGCGCUGGUGGCCAUGGAAUUCGAUAGCUCUGGCAUGCUGUUGCUAACAGCGGAUCGUCGCGGUCACGAUUUCCAUGUGUUUCGCAUCCAACCGCAUCCGGUGGGCUCCAGUCUGGCCGCAGUGCAUCAUCUGUAUGUGCUGCAUCGCGGCGACACGAGCGCCAAGGUGCAGCACAUCGCCUUCUCGCUGGACUCCCGCUGGGCGGCCGUUUCCACGCUGCGCGGCACCACCCAUGUCUUCCCCAUAACGCCAUACGGCGGCGCCAUGGGCGUGCGCACCCACACCUCGUUGCAUGUGGUCAACAAGCUGUCGCGUUUCCAUCGCAGCGCCGGCCUGGGCGCCGACGGGCGCUCCAGCUCGCCCAUCUCGCACUCGGAGAGCACCACGUUUGUGCAGUCGCUGCAGCCGUAUCACAAUCCCACAUUGCCGCCCUUUCCACGACCCACAGUGGUCCAGCCGCUGGCGCAGCUGCGUCAGCCAUUUGUGCUCGGCUCGCCGCCGGGCAGCGCCACCCUGGGCGGUGGCUCGGGCAUGGGUGGCGGCGGCUCUGGCAUCGGCGGCAGCAGUGGCAUCGGCGGCGGCGGCGGCGGCAGCGGCGUCAGCUCCCAUCAGCGUCAACGGCUGUCCUCGCUGUCGGAUGACUGCGGCAAACCGUUGAGCGUCUGCGCCACCUUUGCCAAGUCGCGCUCCUGGCUGCUGGAGCCGCCAACGGCGACGCGCGAGGCACCGCAUCGAGUCCAGCGCAAGGCCGUCGAUUCGCUAUUCGUGAUGGCCGGCCAUGGUGCGCUCAUACAGUACGAUCUGGACACGAAGCUAGCCUCAAAUGUUGCCAAAGAGAAGAUAUGUGAUGAUACGCCCAUUGAGCUGGAGGUGGAGGCCAAGGCGCAGUGGAAUCUGGGCCGACGCAAGGAUGGAUCUCAUGAAAUUAUACCACCGCUAGCGCUGGACAAUUGGCUGAUCAAGGAUCGCCAUGCCAGCCUCCUAAUGGACAGUGGCCAUCAGUUCGAUGAGGCCGACGAGCGGCCCGAGAGCUGGUUGGCCCAGGUCGAAAUUAUCACCCAUGCGGGGCCCCAUCGACGGCUCUGGAUGGGGCCGCAGUUCGUAUUCAAGAACUACAAUACGCCCAGCGGCUCGAAUUUGAAUCACGUGGAUGCGGAGGCUGUGGAGAUUGGCGUUACCAAGACGACAACCACAACGCUGCCCUCGACAUCAGCGGGCUGUGGUGCAGCGGGCGGUGGUGCCAUCAUUGCCGCCGUCGAGCGUUCCAGUCCAUUGAAUAUGCCGCUAAACGUUGCUGGCGGCGCGAUGGCCGGAGCCAGUGUGGGCAGCACCGCACGUGCCGGAGUGCCGGUGCUCAUCGAGUCCGGUUCAUAUAGCAGCAUUGAGCAGAGCCCCAAGCUGAUGGAUCGCUUUCGGCAUGGACACUUGGACUCCGAUUAUGGGCACGGCGAUAUGCGUCUGAAGGAGGAUCUGGCCGAUGCCAUGCGCGAGUCGCCCUCAACGAUGGCAGCGCGUCGUGAUACCGAUGUUGGCGCUCUCGAGUCAGCAACUGUUGCAGCCACAAGUGCCGCAGCAACAACUGCAGCAGCAGCAGCAGCAGCAGCCGCAGCAGCAGCAGACAAUGCCUGCUUCUAUGACGCCCUGGCCGAGCACGUGGCUGACGAGGAGGAGUCGGCGCAGGAGUUGCCGCACAGUGCGGCAACCAUCUCGGCGCUGGCCAGUGCCUUGCCCAACAUUUGCAGCUAUGAGCUGAACGCCAAGCCGAGCCAUGCCAUGGCAGGGGCAGGAGCGGGAGCAGGAGCAGGAGCAGGAGUAGGGGCAGGUGCAGGGGCAGCGCCGCCUCGCAUCGAGAAAAUCGUAAAUCCCUUGGGCACCGUCACGGACGUCCAUGCGGGCAUCAGCGGUGAGCUGCAGACGGACAUGCUGGACGAGGUGGUGGGCCAGCUGGCGGCCGAGGAUUGCGUCAUCCAUGAGAACUGCGAUGAGGCGCUCUUUCGGCCCGUGGUGGCCAUCUUCUGUGACGAGCUGGCCGAGCAGCGGCGGCACGAGGAGCAGCUGCAGCGCGAGCAACGGGAGCUGAAGACGGCCGGACGGUGCGGUGGGCCGGGCGUCAUGGGCGAGGGACAGCCGCCGGUGGUGCUGGCCAAUAAGCUGAUUGUGCCGGUGAUAGCCAAGGAAAUGGAUGAGGUUAUCACACUGAAGGAGAAGAAGCAGAAAUCAUUAAAAUCUCUGGCGGCUCUGGAGGAUGCGGCGCAGGCGCAACGAUUCGCUGAGCUCUCCCAUCUCAAUAAGCCAGCCAAGGGCAACAACAACAGCUACAACAACAACAACAACAGCAAUAAUAAUAACAAAACAACAACAACUGCCAAAGCAACUGCAACUGCAACAACAGCAGCAACAACAACAACAACAACAACAACUGCCAUCAGCGAGGAUGAGCAACAGCUCGAGGAUGAGCUGCAGACAUCGAUAAGCUCGACGCUGUCCCUGAAAACAAAUCAACCAAGCAACAAAAAGUCCAAAGCGGCCAAGCACAAGGCUAACAAAGCAGCAGCACAACAACAACAACAACAACAGCAACAACAGAGCAACAAGAAAGACAAAAAGCAGGCCGAGCAGGAGAAGGAGAAGGAGCUGGAGGCAAGGGAGACAAAGGAGGCGCAGGAGGCAGAGCAGAAGAGACAAGCUCAGCUCAAGGCUGAGCAGGAACAGGAGCAGCAGGAACAGGAGCAGCAGGAACAGGCGCAGCAGGAGGAGGAGGAGCAGCAGGAGCAGCAGCACCCAGAGGAAGCUGAGCAGGAAGUGGACUAUGCCGAUGGGCUGCUGGCGAAGCGUGCCUCGAUAGCCGCCGUAAUGGUAAGCAGUGCCAGUGCACAAGGACUCAAUCUGCAUGUGGAAACCGAGCAGGAGGCGGAUGAGGAGCAGCAGGAAGAGGCAGAAGUGGAGGCCAAGCCUGUCAAGACGGAGCCAACGAAGCAGGCCAAGAGCAAGGCUGGCAAGAGCAAGGAUAAAGAGAAGGAGAAGGACAAGGACAAGGACAAGGAGAACGUUAGCUAUCAGGUCAAGGUGCUGGAGCUGAUGCCGGCGGAGGCAUCGAGCAGUGCCUGGAGAACUCUCGAAAAACAACAACAGACACAAGAAACACACACAGAAACAACAACAGCAACGGCCAGCGAUGCAGAUUUUCCGAGCCUCAGCGCCAAGCGGCCGGCGGAGAAACUGCUGCCAGGACUGCUGACGCCGCUGCAGGAGCCGGCGAGCCGUUUCGAUGACUUUUUGCUGGGCGCACUGCAGCCGCUGGAGGCGCUGCCGCCGCUGCCGGCACUGGAGCCGCUGCAAGUGCUCGGCGACGAGGCGGCGCAGGCGGAUGAGGAUGCGCAUGGGGAUGAGGCCAAAGCAGCAGGAGCUGGCGCUGCUGCUGAGCGUAGUCUCAUCAACUUUGAGAGUCCGUUGCAGGAGAGCGCUGGAGCAGUGCCGCGGAAAAUAACACCCCCUCCGCGUGGCUUCACCGAGCAGAAUCUGAUCCUGGCGCUGUGCGGCUCGCUGCACUACGAGAAUGAGUACGCGCAGCUGCAGCUGCUGGCGGGCAAGGAGCAGCUGGCGAGUGCAGCGAUGCACAAGUCCGUCUGCAGCACGAACAGCUCGUCGGGAUCCGAGGAGCUGCUGCUCAUGGAGGAGCCCAAGAAGCUGAGCAAGAAGCACAGGCGAGCCAAGCAACAGCAAAAGGAGCAACUGCAGCAAUCGGCCGUCGCAGCGGACGAUGAGGAGCUGCGUCCAUUGAUUAGCAUCAGCAUGUGUGAAUCCCAGCAUCAGCAGCAGCAGCAGCAGCAGCUGCUCAGUGCCGAGGCAGAUGCUGAGGACGAUGACAAUGAUAAUGAGGACGAUGACAAUGACAAUGAUGAUGUGGAUGAUGAUGAUGAUGAGGAUGUUGGUGUUGGUGCCACACUGCCCGAGGAUCUGCUGCACUUUGGCAGCAGCGCAACGGCACCCCACUCGGGCACCACCACGGACAGCGAGGGUCCUGUGCCGACCACGACCACGUCGGACGACAAUAUCCUCUAUGCCAGCAGCUUGACCGCAUCCUCGUCGCAUGCCAAGCUGAAGACCAAGAAGCUGGAGCAUAAAAUCAAUUUGAUUGCAGCCAUUGAGGCGGCCACAUCGUCGUCCACUUCAUCGGCGGAGGAGAGCAGCGCCGAGACGGCGGCAACGGCGACGGCAACAACAACGGCAGCAGCAGCAGCAGCAGCAACAGUUGCUGCUGCUGUUGCCGCAACAACAGUUGCUGGCAGCGUGCUGUUGCCGAAGCCACAGCUCAACACCGCCGCCGUCGGCAUCGAUGGGGAGCUGGCGACCGUUGUGAACAUUGAUGUGUUUGACGAUCAGCUCAGCCUGAGCAGCAUCAGCACCAACAGUCGCCUCUCGAUAGAAGGGCCGCCGUCGCAGUCGUCGCCGCCGCUGAGCCUCAGCAACGGCCUCAUGAUGGAGACGAAUCUAAUGCAUUUCAGUGAGAGUGCCCCGCCAGUGUCUGUUGAUGCCGGCUCUGGUGCUAGUGCUGGUUCUGGUUCUGUUGCUGGUUCUGGUUCCAUUGCCGUCUCCAUCACCGGUUCCGGCUGUGAGCCAAUGUCCGGCAACGAUGGCCUGCCAAAUUUGUGAGAGUUAAUCCAGAGGCCAUCGGCGGUGCGUCUCAUGCAGCGCGCGACGCUGAUCGGCGACAAUUUCAACUUGCGGCGCAUCUGCACGCAGCUGUUCAAGCAGUCGCCAACAGAUGGCGCCAAUGCAGAUCCAACCAACGAGAAGCCUUCUUAAUUACCACAAACACACAAAAGGAAAAAAAAAAAAACAAAGAAAAAACU